CUCUUUGUGAACGCUUCAGGGUCUUUAUUGUGCGAAAUGUCUCUUUUUGAUGCGGCUCCAUCGUCGGCUGCCAUUGUUUCAAAUUUCAACCCCCCUUCCAACUGCGCUUUUUCCCCUCCAUUCGGACUGCAGAGCUCAUCGUGGUUACCAAUAGCUACACCGGAUGAACAGAUGGACUGGGACAGGCUGAACUCCAGUCUCCCACAUCGGACCUCGAGGCACUGCUUUUCAUCAACAUCGAAAGAAGAUACAAGGAAUGGCCUCCGCACAUAUCCUCCCUCCGUCUUCCUCGAUCCUGAACCUCGGUGCAUCCCGGAAACAGAUCUCGGCGACAAGUACAGAUGGAAAAAAUGUCAUCUACUUUCCCUUCCAAGAGAAAUCCGGCUUGAAAUUUACAGAUACAUCUUGACUGACACCUCAGCCCCAAGUCUCCUCGUCAAGAUUGAUCGUCAGCCGUUCUUACCAUGCUACAAGCUCACCCGGUCCCCAACGCCGAAGCUGAAAUUCUCCCAUGAACCCCGGAGAAGUUCUCCGAUAUCACUCGACAUCCUUCGUGCGAACCAUUUCACCUACGAAGAAGCUUUACCAAUUCUCUACGAGCGUGCCAAGUUCAUGCCUCUGCACUUGGAUGGCUUGCUCCCUCUAUUUGUCUCCAAGCUAUCAUCCCGCGCAGUAUCCUGCAUUCGUCGAGUCUGCUUGCCCAUUCCCAUAAUAGCCGCACCCAUCAACCUGAGCAACGAUCGUUCUAAACAAUUUACAAACUGGGCUGUGACAUGUGCCCAGGUUGCACUCAGAGGGACCUUACGGGAAGUGGAGAUACACGGAGACUGGGCUGUUUUUCAGAGCGGGUCCAACCGGCGACAGCUCCUACGACCCUUGUGCAAGAUCAAGGCUCAAAAGGUAUUUGUGGCCGAUCUACCAUGUGGGGACGAUACGCUCGACUACAAUGGACAGUUUCAGGGUAUCUUACAGCAGACCGAGGCGGAGCUCAAGGCCGAAGCAGGUCUCCGAAAACAACGCACUGAAGCCGAAGCUGUCGAGCGCGCGAAGCGAAAUGAGCAUUAUGGGAAUCAAACACAGCACAGCUGGGCAGUUGGACAUAACGCGCACCUUGCAUCGUCCUUGUACCGUGUUACCACCUCACCACCCGGACCUAAUUGCUCAGACCUACGCAAUUCGUCAGAUCACGCGCAAAGAAGCAUAUCAAGCACUCAAACAAUGGAAGAUUGGUGUCGGUGGGCAGAGGAGAAUCUACGGCGCAUGGAGCAAGACUUAAGUCUCGUUCCAGGUAUCAAGCAAUUUGAGAAGGAGCUGGAAGAGCACGCAAACCCUCGACCUUCCGAAGACACCCCAGCUUACGAGAACCUGAAAGAACCCCCAGAACAUCACUCUGGUGAAGGUGAGGAGUCUAAGAUACUCCACAAAGGUGGCGUGGAUGCUGAGCAGUGGGACUUGGUGAGCGUCAGGAGUGGUACGAGUACCCCUAAGACAUCUCGACCGGAAAGCGUGAUAUUACAACAGACGGACGAUGAAGAAUGGGUGGAUACCGCCUCGACACUUGUUGGUAAUGAUGGUAUUGAGAAGGAUCAGUCUGACACUGAGACAGGACUUUCCGUUCCUUUUCACAGAGCAAAACUUCAUUCGGGGCUUGAAAACCGGCAAGUCUGGAACCUUCACACAAAGAACGUGAAAUUGAAGACCGUCACAUGCAAACCUGAGGCUCGACCCCGCUUCUACCACCAACCCAAUCCCUUGUCUCCAUCUUCCCCACCUGAUCCGCUCACCUCCACCUCACCAACACCCUCUCAAGUCAAGCACAAUUCAUGA